AUGGUUGCUCGCCAAAAUUUUCCCAAUUGUACAUCUAUGUUGCAGUUUCAAAUGCGUGGAUUACCUCAUGCGCAUAUUUUGCUUUUCCUAAGCAAAGAGGAUAAACAACCUGAUUCUCGACGUAUUGAUGAGAUCAUUUCUGCUGAAAUACCUGAUGCCCAAGAUGAUCCAUACUAUUAUGCGAAUGUCAGAGAAUUUAUGGUUCAUGGUCCUUGUGGUAUUGUUAGAAAAUCAUCUCCGUGUAUGGCUAACGGAAGUUGUACGAAAUACUUCCCUAAGAAGUAUAUUGCAGGAACCAAUUUUGAUGGUGAUGGUUAUCCUAUUUACAGACGUAGAGAUAAUGGACGUGUUAUCUUGAAGGAUGGGGUGCCUUUGGAUAAUCGAUUUGUAGUUCCGCACAAUCGUUUUCAUCUUAUGAAGUAUGGAGGUCAUAUUAAUGUGGAAUGGUGCAAUCAAUCGCGAUCAAUCAAGUAUUUGUUUAAGUACGUGACAACAUCUUUUUUUGAAACUGGUUCUAAUGGUGUGGAAAAAAUUGUGGAUGAGGUUAGUUUGUUUUAUGAUAGUAGAUACAUAUCGUCAUGUGAAGCCGCUUGGAGAAUAUUUGGAUAUGACAUUCAAUAUAAGGAUCCGGCUGUUGAAAGAUUGAGUUUUCAUCUACCAAAUGAAAAAUAUGUCGUUUUUGAAGAUUCUGAGCCAUUGGAACGUGUCGUGAAUCAUAAUUCAGUUCGUGAAAGCCAAUUUUUGGCUUGGAUGUAUUCUAUCGGAAGAUUGUUCUAUGUUCCUCCUGGUUCUGGUGAUAUGUAUUACUUGAGAUGUUUAUUGAAUGUCGUUCGUGGUGCGACAUCUUAUGAAGAUAUUAAGUGUGUUAAUGGUAUUCAGUAUGCUACAUUUCGAGAUGCUUGCUAUGCAUUAGGGUUGUUGGACGAUGAUAAAGAAUACAUUGAUGGCAUUAUCGAGGCUUCUUUUUGGGCUUCGGCUCAUUCAAUACGAUUGUUGUUUGUAAGUUUGUUACUAUCAGAAACCCUUGCACGGCCAGAUAUUGUGUGGACAGGCUGUUGGAAAUAUUUAUGCGAAGAUGUUGUCCAUAAACAACUCAAAAUCUUACAUCAUCCAGAUUUGUUGGGGGACGAUGAGAUUCAAAAUUUAGGAUUGCUUGAGAUUGAGAAAUUGUUAGUUAACGGUAGAAGAACUUUGCAUGAAUUUCGUUCGAUGCCAUAUCCAAGGACACAAUCGUUGGAAAGUUCUAAUAAUAGAUUGAUUACUGAUGAGCUAUGUUAUGACCGGGAAGCCUUGUCAAGAGAGAAUUUAAUCUUUGUCUCGAAGUUCACUGAUGAACAACACCAAGUGUAUGAUACGAUAAUGUCUGAUGUCGAUUUUAAUCACGGUGGACUAUUUUUUGUUUAUGGGUAUGGAGGCACAGGAAAAACUUUCAUUUGGAAGACAUUGUCAGCGGCUAUUUGUUCAAAAGGUGAUAUUGUUUUGAACGUGGCUUCCAGUGGUAUUGCUUCGCUAUUGUUACAUGGUGGGAGAACAGCUCAUUCUCGGUUUAAGAUUCAUAUCAAUCCUAAUGAAGAUUCAAUCUGCAAUAUAAAACAAGGUAGUGCAUUAGCUGAGUUGAUUGUGAGAACAAAACUUACUAUAUGGGACGAAGCUCCUGUGGUUCACAAAUACUGUGUGGAAGCUGUUGAUCGGAGUUUGUGUGACCUUAUGAGAGUAUGCAAUGAGUUGAGCAUGGAGAUGCCAUUUGGUGGGAAAACUGUUGUUUUGGGGGGUGAUUUUAGACAGAUUUUACCAAUUGUGCCUAAAGGUAGCCGACAAGAUAUUGUUAACGCUACUAUUAACUCAUCAUAUCUUUGGAGUAGUUGCAACGUUUUGAGGUUGACUAAAAAUAUGCGAGUUCUUGGUAUUAAAUCUGGUGAGGAAGCAUCGAAAUUUAAGGCAUUUUCUGAGUGGAUUGCAUCUAUUGGAGAUGGAGUUAUUGGUGGUCCAAAUGAUGGUGAAGUCAGUGUUGAUCUUCCUACCGAUAUUGUAUUGUCAGAUAGUGGUGAUUCCCUACAGAACAUUGUUACAUCUAUUUAUCCUUCAUAUAUGAACAAUCAAGAGUUGAGCUGCCAUUUGCAUGAUCGAGCUAUACUUGCUCCAACGUCAGAUGUGGACGGUCGUGUUUAUUUGAGCUCAGAUAGUAUAUCUAAAUCUGAUCAAAGUUCUAAUGGUUUCGCGGAGAUACAUUCGAUGGAAUUUUUGAAUAAUCUUAAGUGCUCUGGUACACCAAAUCAUGAGUUGUUGUUGAAGGUUGGUACUCCUGUUAUGCUAUUAAGAAACAUAGAUCAUGCUAACGGAUUGUGUAAUGGGACACGAUUGAUCAUUACGAGUUUAGGUGAUCAUGUUUUAGAAGCUAAAGUAUUGAGUGUUGAUAAUCAAGGCCAUAAAGUGUUGAUUCCUCGGAUGUCAUUAACACCUUCUGAUCCUAGGUUGUCUUUCAAGUUUCAACGUCGACAAUUUCCUUUGUCGGUGUCGUAUGCUAUGACAAUUAACAAGAGCUAA